CCACUUUCAACUCUCGCGCUCUGGAAGUUUUUGCUUUGGCGGUUAAACUCGAUUCAUUCCCAAUUCCCAAACACAACACGCCAGUCACCACCCCACUCUACUCUCUACAGCUCCAGCCAUAUGAUUCAUCGUCUUCCCUAAUCUCAUCCCUAAUCCGAAAACCCUCGCUCGAUCGAUUCACCUUCGAAACCUUAGAACAAGAAGCACUCCCGGCGAGACUCUUCUCUUCGCCGUCGAGAAUGUCCGGCGACACCAAAUUCAGCGUUCUCGUCAGCCUCUUCAACUGGAUGCAGAAGAGCAAGUCCUCCGCUCAGAAGCGCUCCAAGUUCCGAAAGUUUCUCGACACCUUCUGCAAGCCCAGCGACUACUUCAGUGCCAUCCGCUUGAUCCUUCCCUCGCUCGAUCGCGAACGCGGCACCUAUGGCCUCAAGGAGUCCGUCCUCGCGACCUGCCUCGUCGACGCUCUCGGCAUGUCCCGGGACUCUGAGGACGCUGUCCGCCUCUUCAACUGGCGCCGCGGAGGCCCCAAGUCCGGUGCCAAUGCUGGCAAUUUUGCUCUCGUCGCCGCUGAGGUGCUGCAACGUAGGCAAGGAAUGGCAUCUGGGGGCCAAACCAUUAAGGAGUUAAAUGAUUUGCUUGACCGUUUGGCAUCGAGUGAAAACAGGUCAGAAAAGACUUCAGUUCUUUCUACUUUGAUAAAGAAGACAAAUGCCCAGGAGAUGAAGUGGAUUAUCAUGAUCAUUCUUAAAGAUCUGAAGUUAGGCAUCAGUGAAAAGAGCAUAUUCCACGAAUUUCAUCCAGAUGCUGAGGAUUUGUUCAAUGUCACCUGUGAUUUGAAAUUGGUCUGUGAGAAGCUUAGAGAUCGUGGCCAACGGCAUAAGCGCCAGGACAUAGAAGUUGGCAAAGCUGUUCGUCCUCAACUUGCAAUGAGAAUUGGAAACGCAGCUGCUGCAUGGAAAAAGCUUCAUGGAAAGGAAGUGGUGGUUGAAUGCAAAUUUGAUGGUGACCGCAUCCAAGUUCACAAGAACGGAUCUGAGAUACAUUUUUUUUCCAGGAAUUUUCUGGAUCACACAGAAUAUGGACCAGGAAUGUCAGACAUCAUAAUCAAUAAUAUUGUGGUUGAUAGAUGCAUCCUUGAUGGUGAGAUGCUGGUUUGGGACAAGUCUGCGAAUCGUUUUGCCGAGUUUGGUUCAAAUCAGGAAAUAGCGAAGGCAGCGAGGGAUGGGCUUGACAGUGAUAGACAGUUGUGCUGUAUCCUUUGGGUGACUUGGCCCAUAUCUUGGAUCUUUCCAUUUGGUUUUGAUGGGUGGAAUGUGCCAAGUAUACUGACAGUAGUAAACCCGUGUCUAAUGAAUUAUGCUGUUAUUCACCAAACCUUGAAGGAAAGACAUGAGCUUCUCCGGAAAGUUGUGAAGCCUUUGAAGGGUCGUUUGGAGAUCUUGGUACCUGAUGAAGGACUCAACAGUCACCGUCCUCCUGGGGAGCCUUGUUGGUCUCUUCUUGCUCAUAAUAUGGAAGAUGUCGAGAGGUUUUUCAAAGAAACAAUUGAGAACAGAGACGAAGGAAUCAUCUUGAAAGAUCUCAGUUCCAAAUGGGAGCCGGGUGAUCGGAGUGGAAAGUGGUUAAAGCUGAAGCCAGAGUAUAUUCAUGCUAGUGCUGACUUGGAUGUUCUUAUCAUAGGAGGAUACUAUGGAUCUGGGCGUCGUGGAGGCGAGGUGGCUCAAUUUUUGGUUGGUCUUGCUGAGUGUCCACCUGCAAACACAUAUCCUAGACGAUUCAUUUCCUUUUGUAGAGUGGGUACCGGACUUUCUGACGAGGAACUCGAGGCUGUUGUUACCAAAUUAAAGCCAUACUUUAGGAAAUAUGAAUUCCCUAAGAAGUCACCACCAAGCUUUUAUCAAGUGACAAACCAUUCAAAGGAAAGACCAGAUGUCUGGAUUGAGAGUCCUGAGAAAUCCAUUAUACUUUCUAUAACUAGUGACAUCCGGACCAUAAGUUCUGAGGUGUUUGCUGCUCCAUACAGUCUAAGAUUUCCGCGAAUUGACAGAGUUAGAUGGGAUAAGGCUUGGCAUGACUGUCUUGAUGUCCAGUCUUUUGUGGAACUAGUACGUUCGAGCAAUGGUACUACACAUGGGGGAAUGGAGUACAAAGGCCGGCUGGCAAGUGGGCUAAAGCGUAAGAGGUCUUCUGAUAAAGGAAAGGGAGAGAAAAGGAACUUGACUAUUGUUCCUUCUCAUUUUAUGCGAACUGACAUUUCUGGCGUCAAAGGGGAAACUCGGAUAUUUUCAAGUUUGAUGUUCUACUUUGUAAAUGUUCCUUCGAACCUUUCUCUUGAUGCGUUGCAUAAAAUGGUUGUUGAGAAUGGUGGCACUUUCUCCAUGAAUCUGAAUGAUUCGGUUACCCACUGUAUUGCAGCUGAAAGCAAGGGGAUCAAGUUUCAGGUGGCAAAACAAAGAAAAGAUAUUAUUCAUUACUCAUGGGUCCUGGAUUCUUGUUCACAAAAAAAGCUUCUUCCUCUGCAGCCAAAGUACUUUCUCUUCCUAUCUGAUAUAUCAAAGAGGAAAUUGCAAGAAGAAAUCGAUGAGUUUUCUGACUCUUACUAUUGGGAUCUUGAACUUGCAGAUAUCAAACAACUUUUAAAUAAUGUGGAAAGAUCAGAAGACCCUCAUCGUGUUGAUUAUUACAAGAAAAAAUUCUGCCCAUCAGAGAAGUGGUCAUGCUUUCAUGGAUGCUGCAUUCACUUCUGUUCUUCAAUGAAGGCAUUAAAACCAGAAUGGGAUCUCUUGUUGAGGCUAAUGCAAAGGAGGUUGGAACUGGAAGUGUUGUGGGGUGGUGGCGAAGUCAGCAAUCAUCUUGGACAUGCUACUCACGUGGUUGUAGUGUCAGAACCUGGAACUUCAGUUGAUAUCGAUACGAUCUUGAGAAGCUUAAAUGCACCUGGGAAACGUCUUCUAAGUAAGAAGAAAUUGCAUGUAGUUGAUUUCAAAUGGUUGGAAGACUGCAUGGAAAGAGGUGGGAAAUUGCCUGAGGAUCCGUAUGACUUGAGAACUACUUGGAUAGAAGAUUCAGGCACUGCCUGGAUAGAAGAGUCAGACACAGGAGUCUGCAAACAUGAGGCUAAUCAAGAGAGGUCAGUUUCGAGCUUGUGCAAAGAGGAGGAACAGUUAUCGUCUUUUGAGGAGGAGGCGGUAGCUUCAGAAGACCAGACUGGUGACAAAAGAAGAAAAGGAAGACCUGCUUCCAUCCGCAGAAAUAGAGGAAAAAGUAGUAGCAGUCAAGCUGUGAGGAAGCGAACACGUCUUGGAAAGAAACCUGCAAAAAUAUCGGGAAAUGAAUCUGAUGGAAGCAGUUCUGCUGCUGAAACAGCGCCCGCAUAUACAAAGAACAAAAAAGACAAUAGAAUUCAUGAAACUUUAAAGGAUGAGAUGGCUGAGAGUCCAGACAAUGUGAAAAUUGAGAUUUUGGAGUCUUUACUAGGAGGCAGGACAGAGGAGUCAAGGUGUGCUGAUCCACGGGAAGGAACGUCAAGCAAUGAUCAGAAAACAGAGUUUGGGGCGAAGCAUGAUGACCAAUACAUCGGGAAGAUGGAAAUUAGGAGUGACCCAGUUGAAGCUAUGCUAUUGGACAUGAUCCCAAGCCUUGGAAUGAGAAAGAUGGAGACAACCGAGCCAUCUGUUGAAAAGGAGAAGCUCCCACUUGAUCCGGUUGAGCAGCCUCAGAAGAAAAAGAGAGUAAGUUAUAAGGAUGUUGCCGGUGAGCUGCUUAAGGAUUGGUAAGACAUUUGUCAUUUUUGCGACUGUAGUGUGCUAAAUUAUUGGGGUAGUUGAUGUAUUAACUUAAAAGAGAGAUGAGGUGUCCAUCCUUCCCAUGGGUGUUAUUGUUUAGCGUAGAGUUUCCUUAAGAGUUUGUAAUUUGUUGGAAGAUUGAUAAGGUGUUUGAUUGUAUCACUCUUUAGCAAUGCAUUUCUAUUUUGCAUGUGCCGAUAGUGAAGUAAUGAGUAAUAAAAUCUCAUGCGCUCGCUCUUUAGGCCCAAAUAACUCUUCUUUGGGACUUGAGGGUCGGCAUUUCUGG